AAUGUUGAAUCUGUUAUUUUUAUACUGAAGAUGCUUCACACUCCUCGUCCUCAAAGGUUGUUUUAAAUGUGAUACCUCAGCAAGUUCAGUAAAAGGGUGAUUUAAUAAGAAUCCGCCUACACAGGAGGAGAAGAGGAGGUGAAGAUGAUGCACAAAGACACUUCUUAAGCCUGAAGGAAACAUCUUUUUUUCUAAUCUCCGACAGCUCAAAAUUCUGGAUAAAAUACUGGGACUUUUGUGGGCCCAAAAAACUGCCACCACCUUUCACCAGACUAGUUGUGGGACUGAAUUUGGGUCUUGCUUACAUGAGGACAAACAUCUACACCAGCUACCUAGAGGAAAAAUCAGGUCUUUACUUGAGGUUCUGGACUCACCAGCAAGAUGUAACAUCAUGUGCGUAAGAUAAGAUAAAGCACUUUUAUCAAAGCUUGAGUUACCUGGAAUCAUCUGUCCCUAACAACCCACUCUGAACUAUCAUGGCCAGACAGGACACCCCCCUCUUCCUCCAUGGCUUUGACCUGGGCGGCCACUUUGUUGACCUUAGACCCCUCGGCACGGGCGUCACAGGCCUGGUCCUCUCAGCUGUGGACCAGCGCACCAGACAGCGUGUGGCAAUCAAAAAGCUGGUGAUGCGUGAUGCCGUGACGGUGAAGCAUGCUCUGCGGGAGGUCAAAAUCACUCGUAGGUUGCACCAUGAAAAUGUGGUGAGGGUUCAUGAGGUUUUGGCGCCGUAUGGACGACCGCUGCCCAGAGACCCGACCCAGCUGAGUGCCCUGUACAUCGUCCAGGAGUGCAUGGAGACAGAUCUGGCUCGGCUGCUGGAACAAGGACCACUACCCACAGGUCACGCUACACUGCUGUUCUACCAGCUGCUGAGGGGGCUGAAGUUCAUCCACUCAGCGAAUGUCCUGCACAGAGAUCUGAAGCCUGCCAACAUAUUCAUCAACACUGACCAACUGCUGCUCAAGAUCGGAGACUUCGGGCUGGCCAGGAUCGUCGACCCUCAUUAUUCUCAUAAGGGCUAUCUGUCAGAGGGUCUGGUAACUAAGUGGUACUGUUCCCCCCGUCUGCUCCUGUCCCCCAACAACUACACCAAGGCCAUCGACAUGUGGGCUGCUGGCUGCAUACUGGCUGAGAUGCUCACUGGACGCAUGCCGUUUGCAGGAGCUCAUGAGCUGGAGCAGAUGCAACUGAUUCUCGACACAGUGCCGGUGCUGAGAGAGGAGGACAGGCAGGACCUGCUACAGGUGAUGCCUUCAUACAUCAGUCAUGGAUGGAGAGUCAAGAAACCAUUUUCUGAAGUGUUGCCUGAAGUGGAUGCUCAGGCUGUGGAUUUCCUUGAGCGUAUCUUGACCUUUAACCCCAUGGAUCGGCUGACAGCUGAAGCAGCACUGUCCCACCCCUUCCUCCAACAGUACUCCUGUCCAGAGGACGAGCCCACUUCAUUGCAUCCCUUCCGUAUCGAGGACGAACUGGAAGACAGCCUUGUCACCGAGCAAAGCCUCAGCAACAGCAACAGUCAGGCCUCCAGCAUCCACUGGGAGAGGUAUGAGAACAGUUUAUCAACAGAUGUGUCCUGGCAGCAGUCAGGCGGUGGGUGUCACUGCAUGCCCCCCAGACAUGUCACCUCUGACCUUGGAGAUACGACAGAGGACGAGGAGGUGCAGAGAGACCCACGGGCCAGCUCCACCACUCUGUUAGAGGAGGCGCAGGUCGACCCACGCAAGUAUUCCCACAGCAGCUCAGCUGAACGCUUCCUGGAGAACUCUCACUCCUCCCUGGAACGAGCCUGUGGUUUGAGCUAUGGGGAACUGGACUGUGGCCGCUCCUGUGACUACAAAGUGGGCUCUCCUUCAUAUCUGGAUAAAAUUGCCUGGAGGGAGGGCAAGCCUCAACACUACUCAGAGCCAAAGCUGAUCCUGGAUCUGUCUCAUUGGAAGCGAAACACUAACAGCCUCCCUGUGCCUGCUGAGCCCAUUGGUAGCAGCGCGGAGGACCUGGGGGAGAUGAAAGAGGAGGAAGAAGAAGAGGAAGAAGAAGAGGAGACGGGGGAUUUAUUCCAAGAGAUCUCUCGCUGGGUGGAGAGCACCCAGUCUCGCCUGCACUCGCCCAGUCCCAGUCCUUCUUUGGAGCCUCGCUCACCCUCCUGCUACACCUCCUCUCCUCCUCUUCCUCUCUCCCCGACUGACCUCCCAACUCCAGUCUUCCACUACACAGAAGUUGUGCGGCAAGCUGAAUAUGAUGAAGACAGACUAAGCCCUCUUCAACCUGUCACAUCUUCCUCUAAUUCCCUUCCCUCACUUCUCCCCUCAUCUCCCACGACUCCACUUCCUCCUCAGUCACCUCAAACAGCGUCUCCCCCCGUCUCGCCACUUUUUCCUUCUCAAGUAUCUCAACCACUUUCCUCUACUUCCUCCAUUUCUCAGCCAGUGAACGAUGACCCCUUGGAGUCACUUCCUGUCAAGCAAAAGGACCGGCUGUUCGACCUGGACGUGUUCAUAUCCCGAGCGCUGAAACUGUGCAGACAGAAUAAGGAGAAAGCAGACGGGAAGAAAGGAAGAGACGGUGGAUGGAGGGAAGAAAGCAAACAGACAAAUAUUACCAGAAAGUUGCCCAGACUUCCAGAGCACAGGAUUCCACCUCCGCAGACUCCCAAGUCUUGA